ACACCUCUGGCGGGGCAGCAUCAAGCUCGUUUCUGCUGUGUUGUUUUUACUAUUCCAACAGUUUUCGUGUCGAUGUCCUGAACAUUAUCCUAGUUCAUCAUAAUCUUCACCAUUUCGUCACUCCACCUUGGAUACCAAGCUACACAGAAAAAUACGGGAAAACGAGAAUUUGGGGAAAUUGGAUGUUAUAAUUCGGUUUUCUUUGACUUGGGACGCAAACUGCUGAAGGGAACUUGUAGUACAUUUGGAAGUGAUCAAUCUUCGCAAACAAGAUUUUGAAAACAACCCAACUAAGCUGUCAAAAUGCUAAGAGCAACUCCGUUGAUGCUCUGCAUCCUGUCUGCAGCGUGGGAACCAACCAAAGGAUUCCUGGGAAGAGGAACACUGCUUGAAGAUAAAGGGGACAUCUUCAACAUCUACUGCAAAGAAUUCGACAGGUCAACACAAGUUUGGCACCACCGGGAGAUUACGAGGGAGGCCGUUAGAAGGGUCAUUGUCCAAUACUUUAAGGAAGUGCCGCCUUCCGUGGGUGUCUACAAUCACAGGGACGGCAUGACCUUAGAGGAAGCCUAUCGCGAAUACUACGGUUCGAAAGCGUCCCCUCAGCCAUUUCUCCACGCGCUGGGCAGGCUGGUCGACGCAUCAGCCAGCACUGAUUCUGGAAUCCUGGGAGCUGAUCCGAGGUAUCACUUCGGAAGCGAAAGGUUUUCAGAAUCUCAACAGCAGUUGGCUAGCCGUUGGCGAAGAAUCGUUCAAGCAGGCUUGGCUGGCGACUACAGUGCAGCCAUCUACAUGUUGGGUUUGUCCCUAGCAACGAUUCAGGAUUUCUACUCUCAUACGAACUGGGUUGAAAUUGGAAAUAACAAAUUCAGCCCCAAUAUAGGACUCCCAGGAAUGGAGUUCGGAAAUGUGGCAACUCCCGGCGAAGGAACCUGUCGGGACUGUCCGCUGGAUGAAGAUGGUUCCGAAUCUUGCAAGGAUAACAUCCUACAGGAAGUAAUUGACCAGAUGAAACUCACAUCGGGUUAUUCUGAUGGCGCCUUUGUCAAUGGCGUCAGGUUGGAGAAGCCGAGAGGUUUAGGCAAGUGUAGUCAUGGCGGUUCACGAGACAGGUCUGGAGGCGGCAUCAACAAGGAACUCCCAACAGCUUGUUUCUCCCCUCAUCAUCACCUGCACCAGGAGGCAGCUGAGGAGGCUAUCCAGGCGAGCGAGUUCUACCUCAAUCUCGUGAGAGGCGCUGUAGGCGACGCCCUGUUUUCGAGAUUGUUGUCCCUCCACCCGUCUCCGGCGAUCGUCCUGGUCCUCGACACCACGGACUCGAUGAAGGAGGAGCUGAGCGCUAUCACUCGGGUGGUCAGAAACCUCUUGGAGCGGCAUUCAAGGGCGACCUAUCCGCCGGCGGAGUACCUCCUGCUUCCUUUUAAUGACCCCUACCUAUCCCGUCCCGUGACGAGGUCGCAGCGCCCCGACGAGAUCUACGAAGCUCUGACUCAGCUCAGAGCCACUGGAGGAGGAGACGAAGCCGAGUACAGCAUGUCUGCCCUGCGGUUAGCGUUGCACUACGCUCCCUCAUACUCCCACGUGUUCUUAAUCACUGACGCCUCCAUCAAGGAUCCUGAAGUCUUCGACAGCGUUGUGGCAAUGGCAAAGGACAAGAGAGUUCAGGUAACUCCGGUAUUAACAAUGCCCGUGAGUUAUGGAGGCAUCCUUGGCAGAUCGGCUCUAUUGAAGUAUAGACUUUCCAGUCGCGACGAGGUGUACCCGGAGAAAGGGAUAACAGCCGAAGCGCGAGCAAAGCGACAGCUGUCCAGCUUCACGAAGUACCAAGAACUCGCCCAGGUGUCCGGAGGGUUGGUCAUAGAGACGCCGAGUGACCUUGUUGAAGAAACUUCCAAGAUUCUCGAAGCUGAACAUUAUCCGAUGGCUGUUCUUUGGCGCGAAGAUGGUGUCACCAAUCCAAGAAUCGUAAAAUUCCCGGUCGAUUUUCUCGUAUCAGAACUCGAGAUUGCUAUAUCAGGAAUGGUAGACUCGGCUACCUUGCGGUCACCCUCAGGCAUACGGUAUGAUCUCUCCUUGAGGGCCCAGUCAAGCGACCAUCCUGAGUACACUGUAGUGGUCAUCACGCCGUUCCUGAUUCAGGUGCGAGUAAACAUGACGCAGAGACGAUCUGAACUGGGCGAAUGGACUCUUAGGAUAGACCCGUCCGAUGUCGUCUCCCUAGUCAUCUCUGCUCGAACCAGCAUGGAUAUAGUUCCAGUGUUCUACAGACCGGAUUAUGGAUCAACUCAACCCUCUUUACAACGUAUUUUAGGCCAACCUGGUAAAGAUAUGAAUACCUUCCUGGACGUCGUAGUGACAGGUGUGGACACAGCUGGUUUGCGCAGUGUCACAAGCGCCCACCUGAGGAGCCUAGAAGGUCAAGAACUCGUUAAGUUGGAUUUACCAACCACCUCUCCCAGGAGAAACACCUAUCUGGAUUUCCCAACAGAUAAACUCAGAGCAGAGAUGUUCACCAUAGUUGUUUUGGGAACAGACAGUGCAGGCUAUAACUUCCGACGGGAAAGUGGUACAGUGUGGAAGGUGGCAGAAUCUUUCAUGGAAUUUCCUUUGGGACGAGAAGUUUGGGGAUACCCGGGCCAGAAUUUAACCGUUCCAGUCAUCGUCCAGAACACCAAUCGGAACUCUUCCAAUACUUUCUUCUUGGCGGUAAAUGACGCCAAAGGAACACCAAUUGCUCUGAGUCAACCGAGAGUCACACUUGGGCGGAACGAAAGUAUCAGACUUAACCUUUACAUGACCAUCCCUCGAGAAAGUCUGCCUUCAACAACCAGCUCCAUUGUUGUUACUGCAACAUCUAUAAAGGGCGACACAUCGUACGCCGUAGCUCACCUCUCUGUCUCGCCAGUGAAUAGUUCCAGGAUAGUGAAAAGACAGGCGAGACUUGAUAGAAAGUACCAGGACCAAGUACCGCCAACCAUAACGGAGUCGGGGAGAUCGUCCUGUGCCGGCUAUCUUUCUCCACAGGACUGUAACCGUCAGUGGAGCGUUACGUUUCGUGUGGAGGAUUCUUAUCCAGGUUUGCUGAGAGUUACCACAAUCCCUGAUUAUAGGAGCAUCCCCAUCUUCAGCAGCGGCGUUCAGACACUGGAAGUCUAUUAUUCAGCCUCUUGCUGUCAGCCAAAGGUUACCAUUUACGCAUACGAUCUGGCUUCCAAUGUCAACUCUUUGACCGUAGAUAAUAGUGAUUCAGCAAACCUUACCGCUGGGGCAGUGUCAGGAAUCGUCAUUGGGUCGAUAGCUGCAAUAAUACUACUACUUGUGCUGGUUGUUUUCAUCGUCAAACGCUUACGAAGUCGCAAGAAGGAAUACGUCACCCCCAUUAAGAGGAGGCAAAGGUCUUCCUCUGAAUAGGGACGCGCGAAGAGGCACUCGGAAGUGACAGAUGUCCAGAGGAAACCCAGAAGAAAAAGAGGCAGCGCUCGCGCUUGCGAUGUCAGCCAAGUUGCCUCGGAGGUAUCGAGGUCAUCCUCAUCUAAAUCUUAUCACUCGACAAAAUCAGAAACGUCGAGUAGUUUGAGCGGAUAUACAUCUAGCCAAAGUUACUGUUCUGGGUCCGUCAUCUCCUCACAGACUCGGUGUAGUGUAUUAUCUGGAGAUGUAUCCGAUACUUCCUCUUUCCAGAGGUCCUCUCACCAAUGGGGAUUCUGGAAGGUGAAGUUCUUGCGUCAUCCUUCGGUUUUUACCGUUGAUAAGAUUUAAUCCCAAUAUUAGAUAGCUUGCAACUGAAUAUUGAUUAAUGUUAAAUGUUUAAAAACCUAAUUUUAUGUUUUCUUCUCAGCAUAUUUAACAAAAUUUGGAAAUUGUUUUUACAUUUUAGAACUCAUUUUAUGAAUUAUUCAUAUAUACACUUUGUAAUUAUAUAACCUCCCGGUGUCUCUUCCAAUCUGUUUAGUCAUUGCGAAUGAGGUUCGUUUAUUGUUACCUUAUUACAGACUGUGGGCAUCUAACUAGUUUAUGCCUGUCAUAUUGUUACAAAAUAAAUGUGAUACUUUUCUCACACUGAAUCAUAGUUUUGAAUUUCUGUAUCAGGUUACACACACACACACACAUAUAUAUAUGUAUACCUAUACAUACAUACAUAUAUAUAUAUAUAUAUAUAUAUAUAUAUAUAUAUAUAUAUAUAUAUAUAAAGUUACAAGAAUGUUUUAAGCAUUAAUUUCUCUUCCAUGAUAAUUUACUCAUGCUGAGGCAUUUUUGUCACCAGCACAUGAUAUGUGUUUGUUGGUUACUAAUUUAUACUAGGUUAUGCAACAUCUUUCGUUUAAUAUCGGGCUUUACUCCGUCUUUCGUAGCAUUUUCAUUCAUUAAUAUAUGCAUGAAAAUAAAAUUCAUGCAUAGCUUUUAUCGAGUCUCUUCUCUUUAUGAGUUCUUCGAACGAAUCAUUUCCAGGCCGAUUGUUAAAGUUAUAAUGUGAUUGUUCUAUAAUGUAAAUAAGACAUGAUUUUAAAUAAAUCUAUA